GAAAGCCAGUGGGUUGUCCUUUUUUUCUGACUCAGAAUGAAAGUGAAAGUUAAAAAGCCAGUUAAGACUGUACAACCCAGUCCAGGCAUCACAUCUCCGGUGAAGAGGAGCGUGUAAUGUAAAGAAACAUGGCCUCCAGUGGAAUCAUUGUAUUCAUUUUCCCUGUCCUCUGCAUCUGUGCAGUUAAGAGUGGAUUUAUAAAAGUGGAAUGCAAAGCUGAAAAUGUGGGACACUAUGGCCAACAGUCACUGCUGGAGUGUGUCGUCAAAACAUCAUCAGAUGUAACUGAUCCAAAUAUUCGUAUGGUUGCUUGGAAAAAACUGACUUCUCCAGAAGACGAAGGUGAUCUCCUGUUGGGUUUUAAUAGAGGGAAAUUGGACCGGCCAAAGCGAGGCUACAGGUUUGCUGAACCAUCAUGGAACGAGAAGAACAUGAAUGUAUCUCUGCUCAUCACCAACACUGCAGUGGCAGACGAUGGAGAUUACAAGUGCAUAGUGAUCACAGACAGUGGUGAUCACAACAUAGUCACUACGCUUAAAGUCCAAGCCAGAUAUCGUAUCCCGAGUGUACACUCCACCCCUGAGAAAAUUGUCCCAAAUUCAGAGAGUACCCUAAUCUGUGAGUCUCGUGGAGGCUACCCAAAGGGAACACUUCGCUGGUUUGAUGAAGAGGGUACUGACUGGACAGGAAGCUCUGAAAUGGAGACAAAACCAUCAGACGAUGGUUUGUUUCAACUCACAAGCAGACUGUCUUUGUUUAGAGGAUCCACUUUCCCGAUAUAUACCUGCGCUGUGUUCAAUGCCAGUGGAGGGAAAGAGGAUAGUAUCACAUUUGAAACCAACAUACAUGACAAAAUUAAAGAUUCAGAUCCGACCAAACCGUCACCUGAGACCUCUAAAAUAGUUGCUCCUUUGGUGGUCAUCGGCUCACUGAUCGUAGGGUUGCUGUUGCUGUUGUUGUACAGAAGACGAUCUCAACAGACUCGGAGGAACUCUACAGCACCCCUUAUGAGUGGUCGUGGUGCAGUUCCUGCAGCUGAACAAGAUCUUGAGGAAGGUUAUAACUCUCACGAAGAUGAACCAAUCAAUCAAGACCAGUCAUGAGGAGGCACCUUGUACCAGAUGAAUAUACUGUAAUAAUCUACUGCCAAGACUCCCUUGUUUGCUAACUGCAGUCUGUCUCUGUACUUUCCCUUUGUGUAACCAGGAAUAACCUAUAUUACUGUGAUUUAGCAGACAAGCUGUAAGAUCUUUAUUCACAUAAGCUCUGCAUUUAAACAAGCAGGUCUUGAGCUUAAACCAACAUCCUCGCUGAAUCAAGCCAAGAUCAACUAUAAGAGAGGGGGAUGUUACAGGCCAAGGGACUUUAAAACAAGGCUCAAAAUGGAACAUCACCAAGAUGUUUUGUAAGAGUUGUUUGGUUGAGGAAAUGUUUAUACAUAAAUAAUACAACUUUAUUGAGUUCAUGUAGAAACUGUAGCCUUUGGCAGCCAAUCAGGAGCAGCAUUUCUUCCUCUUCUUAUGUUCUGUCAGGGUUGUAAGGGGAAUAAUAAAUCACGUUUUGGGGAUAGCGGCAAGUUUUUAUAUCUUCCUGUAUGAACAGUAUAUAUAUAUAUAUACACGUGUGUGUGUCUGUGUGUGUUAAGUGGCUCUAACUGAGGUUAGCUGACCUGAUCUUUUCCACUGAUCCAUGUAAUUCAGUAAUUUGUCUGAGCAGUGUAAAUGUGGCAAAAGUUAGCAACAAUUACUCUUACUGUUAGCAAAUCCCAUCAAAAAUAAAAAAUCACCUCGUACAGUUCCAAAGUUUUCCAAGUGUAAGCUAUAUAAAUAUAUUGUUUUAUAAAAUAUGUUUAUGUCACAUAGACAAUGAGAUGAGAUAUGUAGGACUGUUUGGCACUGAAUUGCUGAAAACACUGGAUGUUUGUCAGAGCAACAUUUCACUGCCUUGAAUGUUGUUCUGACAAACUAUCAACUGUUAUUAUUAUUUCACAAGGAACAGUUGUUUUUUUCCCCUCUAGGAUUUGUUGCUAUUUUUUUAAGUCUUUUUGUUCAGGAGUUUGCUUUUUUGUGUGUUUUUUCCAAUUGUCGUAUCUCUUUAAGUUUAAGUCAUACUCCUCUUAACUGACUGGGAACAGUUUGAUGUAGGAAAGUUCAUAUCCUUUUUGUAACCACUGGUAAUUUCAUGUCACAUGAUUAGCACCUGUCACUUGUGAAAUACAUGGUAUGUGGUCUCUAAAAGCCAAAUGCACUAUAUUAUUUUUGUUUGAGCCGUGACUCUGCUUAUGCAACUUUUGUCAAGUUCACUGUGAAAUCAAUCCAUGCAAACUCUGGUGGUAAAAGUUUGGUUUCAUUCUAUUCUUCAGAUAAGAGCUUGUACAAAAAGUCUUAUCAGGAAGUCUGGUACAGUACCGAGAUGAAUCAUUCACCAACAAGUCAAUAAUUUGCCAUCGAUUUUUUAUGAUGAAAAAAACACGAGCUUAACAAUAAAACAAUUCUCAUUUAAGCUCUACUUUCAACGUUGAAUCAGAAGAAACACUUACUACCAAAAAUGUUAAACAAUCACCUGUAAAGUUUUGUAUAUACUGUGUUUUUAAAUCUGUGAAUUUAUACUCCAGUUUAGGUGUAGAUAAACCUUGCUCUGAUCUGUUAAGUACAAAGAAAGUUUAAGUUUCUUUACAGUUCGCUUUAUUUGAACGACAUCUGUUCAUUAUUGUUUUGUAACAUGAUUAAAAGUUCUAAAAGGA